AACAAAGAGCAUAUGUCAGAGCAAUAAAAACAAGUUGAGAGUCUCGAGUGUUCAUCUUCUUCAACCUCAACAAACAAAAGCUUUGAAUUCAGCUGAAUCACUCAAGAAAACCCAUCAAAAAUGCUUUACGAAAAGGCCCCUCAACCCCAACCAAUCGAUUUCUACAAAGACGAAUCACAAACCCCCAAUUCGAUCCUGAUUGAACACCCAUCCUCCACCGUCUUGAACCACCACCAGCCCAUGAUUCUCGGUGACAGCAGCGGCGGCGAUGAAGACAACCCAAAAGCCCCAAAGAGAAGGGCCGAAACAUGGGUCCAAGAAGAGACUCGGGCUUUGAUUAGCUUUCGAAGAGAGACUGAUGCUCUGUUCAAUACAUCAAAGUCUAAUAAGCAUUUGUGGGACCAGAUUUCAGCUAAGAUGAGGGAGAAAGGGUUUGAUAGAUCACCAACUAUGUGCACUGAUAAGUGGAGGAAUUUGCUGAAGGAGUUCAAGAAGUCUAAGCAUCAGAGUAAUGCUAAGAUGUGUUGUUAUAAGGAAAUUGAGGAGAUUAUUAGGAAUAGAAGUAAUAAGUCUACUCCUGAUUUUUUUAAGGCCGAUUCUCCCAAAGUUGAUACCUUUAUGCAAUUCUCCGAUAAGGGUAUUUGUACGGAUGAUACAUCUGCUAUAACAUAUGGGCCUGUGGAAGCUAAGGGUAGUGCGCCACUUAACUUGGAAAGGCAAUUGGAUCAUGAUGGACAUCCUCUUGCUAUCACAGCUGAUACUAUUGCUGCUAAUGGAAUUUCUCCAUGGGACUGGAGAGGAACUCCUGAAAAUGGCGGGCAGAGAAAUUUAUAUGAAGGGAGAGUUAUUGCUGUCAAGUUGGGGGACUAUACAAAGAGAAUCGGCAUUGAUGCUUCUGCAGAUUCCAUUAAAGAUGCAAUUAAAUCUGCUUUUAGGUUGAGAACAAAGCGUGCCUUUUGGCUGGAAGAUGAAAAUAAUGUUGUGCGGAGCCUUGAUAGGGAUAUGCCUUUGGGAAACUAUGUUCUUCAUGUUGAUGAAGGAGUGACAGUAAAAUUAUGCUUGUAUGAGGAGCCGGAUAGUCUGCCUGUUCAUACAGAGGAUAAGACCUUCUACACCGAAGAUGAUUUUCGUGACUACCUGUCACGGAGGGGCUGGACAUGCCUGAGGGAGUACGAGGGUUUCAGGAGUGCUGAUAAUAUGGAUGAUCUUUGCCCUGGUGCAAUCUACCGAGGUGUUAACUAGGGUCGAAUGAAUACCUAUUUAGAUUUUUGUUUCGUGAACCCUUGCAAAAAUGAAUUGCAUUCUGACAAUUCGAGAAUGGUAUUAACUAUUAACUUUGUAAGUUCAGGUGGCCGUGUAUAUUGGCAUCUAAUUGUCUGAUGGAGUCUGUCUUGCGAUAUAUUUGAAUGUUGUCUAUAAAUGGUCUUUGUUGCAAUGUAUUAAUAAAUUUACUUGUUUUGUCUAUAUAUAACAAACUUGUUGAUUA